AAAAGAAGCGCAAACAUGGACCCAAGGCAAGAUUUCACUCAUGACCCCAUUUACAAGUCAGGCAUUGUCCGAAAAGCCACUGAGGAUCCCAAUAAGUUCAGCCAAGGAUACUCCCAGCAAGAGUCAGAUGUCAUUCCAGGGGAAUCUGAUAGAGAUAGGAGGCUAAGGUUAAGAGCAAUGGAAAGGAAAAGUAGACUAGGCUCUGCCAAGUCUACUUAUAGCACCUAUUCCAAUCCUCCUGCUCAAGAUCCUCCACACGAAUAUCAGGAAAAUUUGAAGUUCCCUGAGAAUACCAAAAUAGAAUCUGGGUUCGUUCAGCCUGCGAGGCAGGCUGAUUUUGAGAGCAACCGAGAGAUCAAGCCGCAGUAUAAGGAUUAUGGUAGAGAUGAAGGCAAUCGGGAUUAUCAUUCCCAGAGAUCUGAGAAUGAUUACAGAAAGCCCUCUGAAGAAGUAGCCUCUUCAGCUGAGACCUUGAGGAAGCAUCCAGAAAGCACUGAACCUCAGACCUCGAAUCCUGAGAUGGGAAUUCAUCCAGGGAUUGCUGCUUCGAAUGAUAUAUUUAGACAAAAGCAAGCUGAUAUGAAGAGACAAAUGCAGGAAGAUUUCCAGAAGCAUCUUAAUCAGAAUAAGAACAUUGAUCCUAGAAGAGCAAGGAUACAGAAGCAAAGAGAGGCCGUGUCAGAUCCUGAUUACUACUCAGCAAAUACUUCGGAUACCUCUUCGAGAAGAAAGCAAAUCGCUGAUGAUGUAUUUAGUGAAAUAAUGUCUGGCAAAGCUCCCCAAAUUCCUCAAAAGACAGUUUAUAGUGAACAUAAUGAUAGAGUACCACAUCCCUCUCAUCCAGAAGGAAACUUCAUGUUCAAAGGAAAUGAAGAGGACGAGCUCAGACAGAAAAAGCUGAAACAAAAGGAAUAUGGUGAAGUCCUUCGUAGUCAAAUGGGUAGCGCUAAGAGUAGAAGACCCCAGAAAUACCAAGAAGACGACUACAGGCAAAAUCAAGACUCAAUGACUGUGAAUGACAGGUCCCAUAUGCCAAAAUACAACAAAGAUGAAUACAGAAUGGAGCUACAGAGACAGAUAGAAGAACGUAAGAAAAGAGAGCAGGACAGGCAAAGACAGCUUGAAGAAGAAGACCUGAAGUAUCAGAGAAACGUUGAGAGUAAUAUUCAACAGCCGGGAAUGAAACCUGGUAGUAGACCAGUUUCUAACUACUCCCAAAGACCAGACAGUGAUUAUAAUUAUAACCAGCAUUAUGCUAGACAGCAUUCAAUUACGAAUCAAAAGGAGGAAACUCCUGAACAAAUUGCGAAAAAGAUGCAGUAUCAGGCCGAACUUAAAGCUCAAAUUGAAGAAAGGAAUAGAAUUAAGAAGAUGAAAGAACAAGAAGAAAAGAACUUUGAAGAGAUUCAGGAAAGACGCAAAAUAGAUGAACAGAGACAGCUACACGAGCAAUAUUGAAGAGAAGAAAAUAAACAUAUCCCUGAUACUCAGGGAAGACCCUUAGAUGUCAAUAAUAGAAACAAGUAUUUUGAACCAUCCGAGAAUAAUCCAAUUAUGAGCAGUGGAAUUAAAAGGGUUGCUGGGACUCAGAAUGUUCAACAGAAUAACCAAUUCUCACAUAAUGAACCUCAAUAUCCUCAAAAUCCACAUGGGUAUAUUGAGAGUGAAAGAACUAAUCCGAGUACAGUGAGACAACCUGAGAUUAAUUAUCCUUCACAUGGAAUAGAUCAGAACGAAGGGUUCACCAAGCCUCCUCCUGUUCAGGCUCAGCCAGUCCAAGAAUAUCAGAGCCAACCAGUACAAGAAUACCCAAGCCAGCCCCAACAAAUGAUGCCACCCCAGUUUAAUCCUCAGAUGAAUCCAGCAAUGAUGCAAGCUGCUACCGGCCAAGGUUAUGACAAUGAUCCUCGACAAAUGAAUUUAAUGAUAGAAGAGCAAAAGAAGAUGAUAGAGCUGUACCAGAAUACUCUUCAGCAAGUUAUAGAUCUCCAAAGGGUGAUCAAGGAUACACAUCAGACUGUUGCUGGUCAGCCACAACAAAAUGAAAUUCCUCCCUCCCCUGUAAAGCAAGCUCCAAAGGUCCAACCACAAUAUCACGAAGAGAGGAAUUAUAGUCAGCCUCAAAACCCAAAAGUUGAUUUUUAUGCCAGAGAAGCAGAGAAAUCAUCUUCAAAACUAUCAACCCAGCUAAAAGGCCUCUAUGGUGAAUUAGGAACCAUGUUGGCUAAAAAGCAGCAAGAGAUGGAUGGUGAGAGCAAGUUUGUGAGCACUCCGGCUGGAGGAACUCUUCUUCCUCAACAAAAGAAUUCUGAAUUUUUGGAUGCUCCAACCUACAAAUUUGAUCAAUCUAUGAACCAAUCUUUAUGAGGGAGUUCUAAAUUUGUAAAAAUCUACGACCAAGAUCCUGACAAGCCAGUCAACCCUGAAGAAUCCAAAGUUCUCAAACAAAUGGUUGAAACAUGGAAGUCCAGCGAAUUUGAUGGAGACUUUGAACGUGAUGACGUAGGAACCCCUCUCAAGAUGAGUACCCUAAAACGCCCUAAGAAGUUCACAAAUUACAAAGCUACUGAUCCAGAAGAAGAGGAAGAAGAUGAUGACGAAGAAAUUGAUGAAAACAUUAAGUCAAACAGAUUUGAAGAAGAAGAAAUCCAAAGAGAGCAACGCCUUAAGUCAGUUGAGAAACAAUUCAGAGAACAGGAAGACAAAUGGAAAGAGCACCAAGAGGUCCUAGAUGCGAAGAAAAUGCUCUCUAAAGCGAUGGAAGAUGCUGAUUUACUCAUGCAGAAAGAACAGGACCAUGAAGAUCUUGACAAAUUAGCCACAGAUACCCAUCAAGUCAAGCAGAUCAACAAGAUAGAAAAUUUUAAUAAAGAUCUCGAUGAGAUUGAGGAAAUGAUUAAGGGGCAGAACGAGAGCAACCUUAAGAGAAAACCUAUGGAGAAUAGCAUGAGUACCAUUAAGUCCUCCAAAAAUGACUCUGUAAUUCAAUCAAAGCGAGACCCUUUUGAUAUGCUAGAAGAUGUAGCUCAAUCAGUUGAUAAAGAAGAGCUUAGGAAAACAGCUAAAUCCCAUAAAAGUAAGAGAAAGCCAUGGGGAACUACUAAAGGAAAAGUACCUAAUCUCACUGAUUAUCACAAAGAAAGAAACCAUGAACAACCUGAUGAAGAAGAAUUGGACGAUGAGCAAGAAGACAUUCAAGAAGAUGAGCAAGAAGAUAUUCAAGAAGAUGAAGAAAUAAGACAACAAGAAGCUCCAGAAAUCAGACAGAGCAAAAAAACUGAAGUCCGAAGCUCUGGAAGAUACGAUUACGAUUUUGAAAACACCAAGGAAAGGGAAAUAUAUGAACAACCUGACCCUAAUGAAGAUCAAGAAGAAGAUUACAACAUUGCUAACCAAUCCGUUGAUAACUCAAAGGCUAUUUUUAGCCCUGAUAAUCUUCCAAGAGACAAGGCAAGAACUCAAGAGAACUUCAAUAAGAACUACAUGACUGGCUUCAGUGAAGGAAGUGGACUCAACCAAGAAAUUUGGCAACAAAAUCUAGAAGCUUUGAAGACAAAUUAUCUUAGAGUGAUGACCCAGAAUAGAGAUAGGAAGAAAAAGCUGAAAGAGUAUAACUUUAAAGACUCUACAGAUGACUUUAAAAGAAAUAUUCCUUUACCAAACACUGAGAAGAAAGCUAUCCCACAUGCUGUUGCUGAGAGCGAGUAUGAGAAGUUCAGAAGGACCUUCCAGGAUGAUAAGCAAGAAUCCCAGCCACAAUCAAAACCAAAGUUUGAUAUGUCCAUCCCAAAGAAGGAGACGCUCCAAGAUAAGGAAGUUGUAAUGGACCAGCCAAAAUAUGGAGAGCAGAAUAAAUCUAUUGAAGAAGUGCCAUUCAUAAAAACCAAGAGUGACAAUAAAUCAAUUGACAUCGAAGCAGAGACUUUCAACUGGGACGAUGACGAAGAAGUAAAGUCUCCCUCUAAGAUCAAUAUCGGUCAGGAGGAUGAGGACUAUGAUAAUGAUUUUGAAGAAGAGGUUAUUAAGUCUAAUGACAGUACUCCCAAGAGAAGCACAAGAAAGUCAGCACAUAAGAGCUCAAAGUCGAAAGCCACUCCCAAGCCUGAUACUUUUACUGAGGAGGAAGAAGACAUUAUCGAUAAGUAUGAGUUCUCAGCUGAAAAGGACAAGCUAAACACGAUGCAAAAGCAGGAGCAAAUCCCAGAGCCAAAGAUGGCAAAUAUACAGUCUAUUUGCUCAAAGAGCUCGAAUAAGAUCAACGAAUACCUUACAAGAAGGAGUAAAGAAGGCACCUUCAACGUUGAGGAAAUUAUCAAAUCUCGCAUUAAAGAUAAAGAUACUAGUGAGGAGUCCAAGAAAAAUGUGAUUAAUCCUUUCAAAAAGUUACAGAAAAAGCCUGACAGUUCAUUAAGAAGUUAUAAGCAGGCAAGAGAAGAGAAGCAGAAGAAUAACUUGCAGAACCAAAUUGAUGAAAAGAUUGCGAAUUAUGACAGUACAAUGGUUGACAAGCUAGCAAAUCUGAUGAACAUGUUUGAAAUAGGAGAAAGUAUGCCUAUGGUAGAGGAUCUUCAAGGAAAGGAGUAUAUAAAAGAUCAAAACAAUCCUUCUUCUAAAUCUCUGCAUUCAAAGGACCUAUUUAAAAAUGCUCCUUCUGAAGUGUAUGCGGAUAACAAGAACGACAGUGAAUUUGAUAAAAGUUUUAAAUCUAAUAAUCAAUCCAAUAACCCAUUUAUAAUGAAGAAUGAUCCUAUUGAAUUUUGGGAGGAUGGGAAGCACUUGGAGAAAAACCCUAUCCACCCUUCAAUAAGCACUGAUGCAAACCAGAGAGGAGUUCCAUCACUAGAUCCUAACGAAAUUUCAAAGUCCUCACAUAAGGAAGUAUACCAGCUACCUUCAGACAACGAUGAUGAAGACGAAGACCUGGACUUCCCAGCCUACAUGAAGGACAAUAAUCCCUUCGCUCGUGAAUCUGGCCUAAAAAGGCCCUUAUCAAGCAAGCAGAGUGAGAGAUACAGCAAAUGAUAAUACCUAAUUCU